AUGAUUCGUCGCUCAUUCACUCUCUUGCACCCGCUCACUCAGAGACCCACAGGAAAUUCACUCAUUGCUUUGAACACAGCCACGCGCCAUUUCAGCAGCACCGGUACUCCAAAGGAAGAGAUAUCCUACGAAGAGAAAGCCAAGCAGCAAUGGCGGGACUACCACAAGUGGCGGCGUCAUUUCACUUGGAGCCGCGAGCAAAUUAUCCACACACUGCGCGACUACGCCUUAUGGUCAACCCUAGGUCUGCUUGCAUACUAUAACCUGACUAAGCGCCAGCAAUGGCAGGAGUACGAGGCAGAGACGUUUGUGGUCAUGGACAGGGCGCUCGGGAGGAUUCACAAGCUGGACCCACACAACCAUUUGCUUGAGGGGACGGUGUGGGAUAAACCUGUGGUGACUAAGGAUAAGCCGCGGAGACAAAAUUCGGACACGCCUGAGGCUUACACACCGAGUCCAGGGCCCACUGCUGGUAACGGCGGCAAGCCAGUUUUCUUUUAG